AUGUACCCCACAUACUCCACAAACCCCACGUACUCCACGUACCCCACAUACUCCAUGUACCCCACGUACUCCAUGUACCCCACGUACUCCAUGUACCCCACGUACUCCAUGUACCCCACAUACUCCACGUACCCCACGUACUCCACGUACCCCACAUACUCCACGUACCCCACGUACUCCACGUACCCCACCCGGCUGCGACAGAGCCUGGGCUCGAACCCAGAGUCUCUGGUGGCACAGCUAGAACUGCGAUGCAGCGCCUUAGACCCCUGCGCCACCCGGGAGAGACCCCUGCGCCACCCGGACGGUCUUGUCUCUCCUCUCUCUCUCUCUCAGGUCAAGUCCACAGGGCAGGAUGUGUUCAAUCAGGUGUCUGAGCUCCUUGGAAUCAAAGAGCUGCACUUCUUUGGCCUGACAGUGGUGAAGGACAAUGAGCACAUCUUUCUGGACAUGGAAGAUAAGCUGACCAAGUAUUUCCCUAAGGAAUGGAAGCAAGAUUCAGGGAAGGGGUUACAGAAGAGAUCCCUCCCCCUGGUACUCUGCCUCAAGGUGCAGUACUAUGUGGAGAACGGCAGGCUCAUCUGUGAGCGGAAGGCGAGGCGUCUGUACUUCUCUGACCUGAGGGAGAGGGUGUUGCGUUCUGAGUGUCGUCAGCAGGAGGAGGUGUACUUCCAGCUGGCUGGGUAUGCUCUUCAAGCUGACCUGGAGGACCAUCCCCUGCCUGGGAAGAACCAGGGAGGCACCCGCUACUUCCAACCCAAAGAGUACUUCCCUCCCUGGAUUGUGGCGAAGCGUGGGGUGGACUACCUGCUCUGUCACGGUCCCAAGGUACACAAGGAGCUAUGGGGCAUGACGCCACGUGAUGCGAUACUCCACUUCAUCAAAGAGGCCUGUCGUCUCGAGGACGUCCCCGUCACCUUCUACAGGCUACAGAAGGACAAGAAAGAAGAGAGAGGCACAGCUCUGCUGGGGCUGACCCUCAGAGGAAUGCAGCUUUAUCAGGAGGCAGACAACAUCCGCCAGCUUCUCUAUGAUUUCCCCUGGUCCAACGUGGGACGACUCACCUUCCUGGGAAAGAAAUUUGAGAUCCAGCCAGAUGGUCUGCCGUCGGCCAGGAAGCUGGUCUACUACACUGGGUCUCCGUUUCGCUCGCGCCACCUCCUCCUGCACCUCAGCAACAGCCACCGACUCUACCUCAGUCUCCAGCCUGCCCUCAAACACCUCCGACAGCUGGAGGACAGCGAGGAGAAGAAGCGCUACAGGGAGUCGUACAUCAGUGAUGACCUGGAUCUAGACCAUCCAGGGGGCAGCGAGGGGGGCAGCCCCGGCCUGUCCCGACACUCUACCUCCAGCUCGGGCAUCGAGGCAGACCGCGAUGCAACACGGCAACACAGCAGCAUCUCCAUGGAGAUGGCGUCCAUGGAGGAGGAGACUGAGCUGAGGAAGAGGAUGGAGAAGUGUUUCAGUUCGGCAGCGAGUCACGGGAGUUCUCACACUUCGGGCAUGGACACGGGCAGCAAAGCACGCACUGAUGAAGAGGAGUGGCAGGAGGAAGAGACCCAGCAGGCCAGUGUGGACAGUCCAGGAGAGGUUUCCGUGGACGACCCAGAGGAAAUGCUGAGAUUGGCUGAGCUGAUGGAGGGCGUGUCGGUUGAUUGUCCCGUGCUCACCUCGGAGACUCACUGUGAAGCUGACUACAGUGAUGUCCUUUUACCAGGAUUCAAGGGGGAUCAGGUAGACAGAGAUGAAGACCUGGUGACACUACGCAGCAAAGAUACCCUGGGACAGAUCCUGAAGACUCGAUCCCAUUGCGUGGACCGCCACAGCCAGAGCCUGGACGACGUUCGCCUCUUCCCCCCCCCCGCCCCCCUCGGCACGACUCUACCCCCUGACUCCUCCCACAGCUACACCUUUGGCCUGCCCCUCCCGGACUCCCAGAGUGACGCUAAGAGCCCCCCAGGGUGUAACAACGGAGGCUACUACCUCCCCCUCCACUGCCCGGCUAAGGGCACCUUCUAUGGACACAGGUCUAUGAACUGCUUGUCUCUGGAUCUACUGGGAGACGAACAGCUGUUGGAGUUCAUACUGUAGAACAACAGAGGACCAAUGUCCUUCUUCAAGCCUAUUCUCUACCCACAUCCCCCUCCAAUGAAACAGUAGGAUACAGGGGAGAGGCUGCAUGCAGCUCGAGUUCUAACUGUAGAACGUAACGUUUUCACACUCCCAGGCCCAACUGUACUGGCCUGGUCACAUCAAGGACCAUGGAGGGCCCUCUUCAUGCCUGUGCUCUACUGUAUGACUCAGAUACAGGGGAGAGGCUGCAUGCAGCUAGAGUUCUAAAUGUAGAGCGUAACGUUUUCACACUCCCGGGCCCAACUGUACUGGCCUGGUCACAUCAAGGACCAUGGAGGGCCCUCUUCAUGCCUGUGCUCUACUGUAUGACUCAGAUACAGGGGAGAGGCUGCAUGCAGCUCGAGUUCUAACUGUAGAACGUAACGUUUUCACACUCCCGGGCCCAACUGUACUGGCCUGGUCACAUCAAGGACCCUCUUCAUGCCUGUGCUCUACUGUAUGACUCAGAUACAGGGGAGUGGCUGCAUGCAGCUAGAGUUCUAAAUGUAGAGCGUAACGUUUUCACACUCCCGGGCCCAACUGUACUGGCCUGGUCACAUCAAGGACCAUGGAGGGCCCUCUUCAUGCCUGUGCUCUACUGUAUGACUCAGAUACAGGGGAGAGGCUGCACAGAGAUGUUGGAGGACUUUAUGGACCUUUUUAAGAGGAUUGAUUGCUAUUGGUAACAUUCCUUGUGAAACGGAAGGAGGCCAUCACCUUCAAUAAUCAUCCCAAUACAGACCAUACUCUGCAUAUUUAUUGAACAUGUUUGACACUAUUUUUGUUUUAUCUUUUGUAGAUACUUUGUACAUAAUUGUCUUAUAUUUUUUUACUUUGAGGUACUAACACAUUGUAACCAUUUCAAUAACUGUAAAUAGGGGUGAACAUUGCAUUUCUUCAGUUUGUGUGAAUCGUGGCAUAGUUGGAACCAGGAGUAUCUCUAGAAGUUCUUUAUGGUCGAUUGUGAAGAGCAAAGGGCUUUACCGCACGUUGACAUCCUGCACGUUGACAUAACCAACAGCAUGUUUAAUCUUAUGUUUUGCUUUUGUUUCCCUUGUUUGUCUAUAAAAAAAGAAUGCUCUGAAAUGAACAUCACAUAAACAAGAUUGUAUUUUGUCGUGAUAAUAUUUGAUAUUACAAGUCUGCCAUAGCUUCAACAAUGUAUUGUCCUUUUUUUAAAUACAAAACUCAAAAAAUGAAAUUGUAAAAAACAGUUCAACAUGCUUGUACUGCUUGUCAAUAUUACAUUCACUCCUGUGUCAAACUACCUUUUCUAUUAGAUUUCUAAAUCUUUUCUUUCUAUACUAAUGUUUUUACUUUCUAAGUAGAGCAGCACAUUAUGAACUAUUUCUGUGUCUUCAUGCAUACACUGGAAUUAUUAUAUAAAUAAAGCAAUGACAAAGAAUCUCUCUGUACGUUGCUCAAAGCACAUAUUGGGGUCAUAUCAAAUUUUAUUGGUCACAUACACAUGUUUAGCAGAUGUUAUUGCGGGUGUAGUGAAAUGCUUGUGUUCCUAGUUCCAACAGUGCAUUAAUAUCUAACAAUACACACAUCAGUUAUCUUUUAUAUUGGUCCAUUACCUCUGUUACUAUAGUGUGUAAUUUGUGCACUUUGGAUUAGAUACAAUCAGCCUAAAUACUGAUCUCUUUUUUGAUACAAUACAGUCAAUGGCAGUGGUAUUCAAAGUCGGUUGCGACCCCUAGUGGGGUUGAGGGGGAACUGCAGUGGUGUCGCCAAACAAACAGUAUGGAUUAUUGUAUGGGACAAUAUACGUUUUUGAGAGACAUUUAGAAAAAUGAAUUUGAAAUGUAUUUAUUGGUUUAUUUUCAUUUUGAUAAGACAAAUGUUAUGAAUUUAAGGUUAUGUAAAAAUCGACUGUACCGAUUUUAAGGUCAUGAGUUUGAAAUUAUAUUUGGCAUGGGGUGAUGUUCCCGCUGAAAAAGAUUGAACGCCACUGGUCUAUGGAAUGAUCUUAAUACUAAUUCAAUAUUGACAUUUUUCCAGUUUAUUUUCCAGUUAUUGAAUGUUUUUGUUGAUUUAUUUGAACACUCUCCUUCCAAUGAAAGGCAUAACUAUUGUAGUGAUUGAUUGGUAGUAGAAACAAAUACA